CUCAGAACUCAGAGCACUUCAGCCCCUCUUACCUGGCAGAGCAAACAGCUCUUUGUCCACACACAGAGCCAGGGGCGUCUUCUUCUGGGACCUCUCCGCACUCUCUGAGCUCCCUCCAGCAUACAAGCUUGCAUCUGGCCCACCAUGACAUACGCAGACUUGGUGGAGUUGCUCAAUGGCGUGUCUGACGAUGACUACAGCUCUUACGGCUCCACAGCGGCCAUGGAUGACUACACGGACGUCAACGAGACGGACCACUUCUGCAGUAAGGGCGACGUCAGGGCCUUUGCCAGCCACUUCCUCCCACCCUUGUACUGGCUGGUGUUCAUCGUGGGUGCCCUGGGCAACAGUCUGGUCAUCCUCGUCUACUGGUACUGCACCAGAGUGAAGACCAUGACCGACAUGUUCCUUCUGAACCUGGCGAUCGCUGACCUGCUGUUCCUCGUCACUCUCCCCUUCUGGGCUGUGGCCGCUGCGGACGGCUGGAGGCUCCAGACCCUGAUGUGCAAGGUGGUCAACAGCAUGUACAAGAUGGACUUCUACAGCUGCGUCCUGCUCAUCAUGUGCAUCAGCGUGGACAGGUAUAUCGCCAUCGCCCGGGCCAUGAAGGCGCAGACCUGGAGGCGGAGGAGGCUUCUGUACAGCAAGAUGGUCUGCUUUGCCGUCUGGGUGGUGGCCGCCGCUCUCUGCGUCCCAGAAAUCCUCUACAGCGAAGUUGUGCAGAAUGCGGAUGGCGCCAGCUGCACCCUGGUGUACCCUGCAGACAACAGCACCCAGCUCAAGUCCACGCUGUUGACGCUAAAGGUCAUCUUGGGCUUCUUCCUCCCCUUCGUAGUCAUGGCUUGCUGUUAUACACUGAUCAUUCACACUCUGAUACAAGCCAAGAAGUCCUCCAAGCACAGGGCCCUAAAGGUGACCAUCACCGUCCUCACUGUCUUCGUCUUGUCUCAGUUCCCUUACAACUGUGUGCUCCUGGUGCAGACCAUCGACGCCUCUGUCAAGUUCGUGUCUAGCUGUGCCGCCUCCACCCGGAUCGACAUCUGCAUCCAGGUCACUCAGACCAUCGCCUUUCUCCACAGCUGCCUGAACCCCGUCCUCUAUGUGUUUGUGGGUGAGAGAUUCCGCAGGGAUCUUAUGAAAACCCUGAAGCACUUGGGGUGCAUCAGCCAGGCCCAGUGGGUUUCGUUUACAAGGCGAGAGGGAAGCUUAAAGCUGUCUUCCAUGUUGCUGGACACCACCUCGGGGCCUCUCUCUUUCUGAGGGGCUGUCUCUCUGAAGUGAACGGUCCUUUUGGAAGAAAUGAGAAAUAAAGAUGCAGCUUCUCCACUGAGAGAACCACAAGGAAACCCAAGGGAAAAAAGGAAAUAAAAAUAAAAAGUAAAGGAAACAAAAGCCAAGAAUCCAAAAGGAAUGAAUUUGAACAACAUUAGUGCCUUAAGCCCAAUGGUGCUAAGUCAGAGUUUUAAGAAUUGCUGACUACCCCCACAAGACUGUUAGACUGACUCUUGGCUUCAAUACCAGCAAUGCCAUCCCAGGGAGAGUAAUGACCACCUGGCUUUGUGAGUUGUCUUAGGAGUUAACCCAGCUCACCUCUGGAGGAAGUGCUUUUUGUUUUUUUUUUCUGGGAACUAGGAAUUUCUUCUGAUGCCAUACCUUCCAAAGAGAAAACAGAAGCACCGACCAGUGUGUAGUCCGCAAAAACACAAGACUUCAUGGAAACUCCCGUCUGUGGGGAAUUUCUACUCUGAUUUCAGGGUCUUCCUAGAUCUGUGAGACUAACUAACUACUCUAUUUCUUACAGAUUAUUGACCUAGAAUCUUUCCAAGAAAUCUCAGAUAAGAUUCCACUGUGGUCUCCUUGAUCUGUUCUCAGCCAGUGAGGAUCCUUGUUCCACAUUGGAAACUACCCCGCUAGACUUGAUCAGUGAGUUCGUGGAUGUCUGGCCAUGCCAAUCCACCCAGAGUUGCCGGCUUCUGACAAGUUUCUGCAUUCUGUUGAUGCUCCUGGGAUUCUGCACCUGACUAUGGAGUUGAUCUGGGCAAGGUCUCAGCUGAUGAGAGGCUGUCGUGGAAGUGGUCCACUCAGCUCAGCUGGGACACUUGGAACCCGAGUGGAGCAACCCUGGACCCGUGAUGGGCUUGUUCCAUUGAGCAACUUCCCUGACCGUCAGCUCCGCCCGUGUCCUGUUACAAGCUUUGAUCCUAGUGACCCUCUUACUUCCAAGGCUUCUGGAGACAUACCUGUCUCCGGGCUUCUCCAUUCUUGUUGUAUAGGCCUAACACAUGAAAAGGCUUUCAAUGUAGA